AUGGCUAGCCCUAGAGUUCUUAUCUUCAAUGCUGAGGGUCAUGCCAUUGACUUCAAUGUCUGGGUUGAUGAUCUGCAGCUGUUUCUUCAGUGCGAUAGUAAGGACGGUAUCUCUCUUUUUUAUCUCACAUCCGGCGCCUCUACUGCACCUGCUGCCGAUGCUGCCAGCACAGUUCGCUCGCAGUGGACUACUCGUGACGCUGUUGCUCGCCUUGCUGUUCGUAGUCACCUGCCUUCUGCUGAGCGCGCGCACUUUGGUCAGUACAAGAUUGCUAAGUCUCUGUAUGACGCUGUUGUAGCGCGCUACUCCUCCCCUGCCACUGCUACUCUCAGCCGCCUCAUGCUACCGUACCUGUUCCCUGACCUGGCCGCCUUUGCUACAGUCGCUGACCUCAUUACCCACCUCCGCACUAGUGACGCCCGCUACCGCGCUGCCCUUCCCUCCGAGUUCUGCGCCAAGAACCCCCCCCCCAUGUACAUCACUCUCUUCUACCUAGUCACCCGUCUCCCUGACUCGCUCUCUUUAGUCAGGGACCACUUUCUCUCCCUUUGCCCCACCGAGCUCACCGGGUGUUCCCCCGUUCCCCUUCUGCCCUCUGUUGCUUCUGCUGCUGCUGUCGACCUCGUUGGCACCGAGCAGGUCGGGGCUGCGUCUGCUCCUAGAGACAGGCGCCGCAGCGGCAAGGGCAAGGGGGGCAAGGGUGGUGGAGGGGACGACGGGGGCGGCGGUGGUGGCGGUGGAGGAGGCGGAGGGGGUGAGGGUGGAGGCAGGGGUGGUGGCGGGGGUGGAGGUGUCGGUGGUGGCGGUGGAGGUGGUGGAGGCAGCGGCAGCGGUGGUGGAGGCAGCGGCAGUGGUGGUGGAGGCGGUGGCAGCGGAGCUGGAGGUGGCGGCGGCGGUGGUGCUGGUCGGGGUGGAGCUGCGCAGCGUGGAGGCUUCGGCGGUCGCCAGCGCAAGCAGCAGCAGCUCUCCCAUGAGACCCCGUCGCCUCAGCAGCUUCGUGAGUGGUACGCUGGGCGUGGGAGGUCUGGGGGUGCUGGUCCCUGCACUUACGUUCUCCGCACCGGCGGUCGCCGUGGGGAGACGUGCGGAGGGCCACACACGUCGCAGCAUUGCUUCCGUCGCCUGUCUGACGCCUGGCGCGUGCAGUUUCCUGAGGCUCCUGAGCUCCCUAGCUGGGCUGAUCUGCUUAGGCAGAAUGUUGAUAUCUUUGCUCUAGACUUUGAUGCUAUCCUUGCUGCCAUGUAUGCUGUGUCUACUAGUGCUGAGGGUGACUGUUACCUGUGUGUGCCGCCCAACCCAGGUAUAGAGUCUACUGCUCUAGGUGCUGGUGAGGCUGCUGCUCUAGGUGCUAGUGAGUCUGCUGCUCCAGGUGCUGGUGAGUCUGCUCUCUCUAGUAGUGCGCCUGCUGAGGCCUUACACACCUUCACACUUGACUCAGGUGCUUCCCGCUCCUUCUUUCGCGACAGCACCACACUCACGCCGCUCAGUCGGCCAGUUGCAGUCUCCCUGGCGGACCCCUCUGGGGGCCCCGUCCUUGCGCACUCCUCCACAGUCCUGCCGUGUCCAGCAGUCCCGUCUGGCUCACUGUCGGGUCUCCACCUCCCCUCGUUCUCUACGAACUUGGUGAGUGGAGCUGACCUCCAGGAUGUGUGGGUUGACCAGUUCAACCCCGGAGAGACUAUGCCUCCUCUCCCUCCCUCGCCUGCCCCUCCCUGCCUUCCCUGUGUCGAGGGGCGGCAGCGCGCCGCUCCUCACUCCUCCUCGUUCUCCCCGACGACUGCUCCCCUGCAGACCCUGCACAUGGACGUGUGGGGCCCAGCCCGCGUCCGUGGACAGGACCGCGAGCGGUACUUCUUGCUGGUCGUUGACGACUACACGCGUUACACCACGGUCUUCCCCUUGCACACCAAGGGUGAGGUCCCUGAUGUUUUGAUCCCUUGGAUCCGCGCUUCUCGUCUCCAGCCCCGCGAGCGGUUUGAGACGGACUUUCCCGUCCUGCGUCUGCACUCUGACAGAGGUGGUGAGUUUGCCUCUGACUUUCUGCGGGACUUUUGUCGUGGGGAGGGCAUUAGCCAGACCUUCUCGCUCCCGGCCUCACCGCAGCAGAAUGGGGUUGCUGAGCACCGCAUUGGCUUGGUCAUGGAGGUCGCUCGUACCUCCAUGGUCCAUGCGGCUGCCCCCCAUUUUCUGUGGCCGUUUGCGGUCCGAUACGCUGCGCAUCAGCUCAACCUCUGGCCCCGUGUCUCCUUGCCGGAGACCUCGCCCACACUGCGUUGGACGGGGAAGGUUGGCGAUGCGUCGGUGUUCCGGGUCUGGGGUUCUCGUGCCUUUGUCUGCGAUACGUCCGCGGACAAGCUCUCCGCCCAUGCUAUUCCCUGCGUCGUCCUUGGCUUUGUCCCUGACGCGCCUGGCUGGCAGUUUUACCACCCCACCUCGCGCCGUGUCCUCCCCUCUCAGGACGUCACGUUCGACGAGUCGGUUCCUUUUUACCGCCUCUUCCCCUACCGCACUGCUUCUCUCCCCCCCCCGCCGCUCUUCCUUGCACCAGGUCCACCUCCGGUAGACCCCCUCCCCCCUCAGGGUCCUGCUCCCUCAGCCUGA